AUGGCAAUCAGCAAUGAGGGUAGCCCGAAGCUGGUCAGGGGCAGGAUGACCUAUGGCUCUACCGGCAGGAGGCGGCAUUCGUCCAAAGCCAGGUCAUCAAUAUCUGGAGCAUCUUGGGAUCAAAGCCCAUUACCACUGUCUUUACGCGGAACAUCCUUCAACACAACCACAAGAAUACCCACCGCAGCGAAAGUCCGAGAUCAUCAGAAAGUCAGACUGAAUCGACCGCAUCUUCCCCCCGGAAGUUCUCGAGUCAUUCUUGCAUUUAAUCAAAGUUCGGAGCAGGUGAGACCAUUCGACGCAUUCGUGAACGUGCCUUCCCCAUUUGCAAAGCAGAAAGAGGUUGCCAAGGACCAGGGCUAUCCUAGUACUCCCGAACUAGAUAUUGAACCUCCAUUCACUACUACUAGUAAUGGUUUCAAAACACUGCCGAGCUUCCAUUAUACCUCUACUCCUCCUUCUCCGCCCCCAGAACAUACUUUUGUGAAUCAUACAGACUUCACCCCAGACACCACCAUGUAUUCGAAUAGAAGAGCUGAAGGCUAUCUCGAUGCAAAAACAAGAGCAAUAAACCUUCAGCAUACGAAGCCAGAAUGGACGACUUGGGACUUUCUUGAUCUCUACCUUAGCAAUCUUCCGCCAGGCAUCAAGACAGUCGACAUCUGGAGAAACUUCAAGAGAGAAGGUGAUGUCGAUCUAAUUGAUAUAUUCGUCACUCGAGGUGGUCAAAAAGACACCAAAGCACGACUGAGACCGCCACCCAGAAGAGACUUCUUCACAUCUUCAUCCAAAUACACUCUCAAUUUUGAAGGCGGCAGGACUUGGCCUAUCCAGGUCCAGCUUGAUAGGGAUCAGAGAAAGACGUUCACAACGACCAGUCCCGUGAACGAGAACGUGACUUAUCCUGAUACUACUGAGCUUGGCGCGGAAUCUAUCGACUUCGGAGUUCUCGUCGCUCCAGAUACCAUGCUCGUCAAGCGCACCCGGCAUUCUACUCCACGUGGCGCAGUCUCAAUGGUGCUGAAUCUCGGUCGCAGAGAAAUCUCUAUCCGCUUCCCAUCCGUCUAUGCUGAUAAGACUCGCGAGUACAAGUUCACUAUACCCAUAGACCAAGUGUUUGACCUUUCUCAAUUCCAGGAACCGGACGAUACCAAAACAUCAUUCAUAUUAACACUCCGAACACCGCCUCAUUUCUACAAGAAGCUUUCGGGAGGGAUAUCAGCCACCCAUGAUGAUGCAGCCUUCACCUGGAGAGAAGAUGACGCUUGGCUCCGCCAGACGAAUGUGUUUAGCAGUGAACAAGAAGUGGCUCUCCUGAAGGCUUGUUCGGUUACUCUCAAGAAUCAUCCAGAGGGUGUUGUCAACAUUGGCCGUUGGACAACGUACAGAAUUACCGUCGAUGACAAGUCCGUUGACAAAGAAAAGUACCGUGUGUUCAGAGCUGCAUUGAGGGACUAUAACGUACCGAUUGCUAGAGUCGGGAGGUUUCUGCUUGCUCAGAGGGGAGAGCCUGCUUGGGACCUUCUAGAUGCGUCUCUUACGGAACAUGACCCCACCACAAUCACCUCUGCCGCACAAGUAGCCUUCGAGCACUCCCUCCACAGUCUUCUUAAUCCGAAGAUGAACGAGAUCUACCUGCCGUUCCCAGUGAGAUAUCAGCUCGAUGUCUGCAUUUCAAAUGGCUGGAUCAAUGAGCAUAAUAUAACUAGGGAGUUCCUCGAAACUUUAUCAAAGACGGACCAUGAGAGAUCAAAGCAUGUUCUCGAAUGUGUAGCCCUAAAUAAUCUGCGCAUCUUCGACCCCAUGGAUGUGUUCCAGCUGCGUGUACGUAGACUGCCGUCGAUGAGAAGCAGAAUACCCGAGAAUUGCGUGCUCAUACGAUCUGUGAUCAUCACCCCAUCGACGAUGAUAUUAACCACUCCCUACAUCGAGAUGACGAAUCGAGUUAUCCGUCGGUACAAAGAGCAUGCUGAUCGCUUUCUUCGGGUUCGUUUCGAAGAUGAUCAGUUUCGUGGCUACGCCAGGAUUGGUGCCACAAGUCAGAAGACAAUGGAUGAAGUUCUUAGCAAAGUCUUCCGCACUCUCACAAGGGGGAUUGUUAUCGGUGAUCGUCACUACGAGUUUCUUGCCUUCGGCAAUUCUCAACUUCGUGAACAUGGCGCCUACUUCUUCGCCUCUUUACCCUCAGGUCCGACAGCUUCUCACAUUCGUGCAUGGAUGGGCCGCUUCCACCAUGAGCGAAUUGUCGCGAAGCAUGCUGCCCGUAUCGGUCAAUGCUUUUCGACAACCAGAGCUAUCAGAACUGCAGGUUUUCCACCAGUACGGCAGAGUGAUCUCAUCGAUGACAUUGAACGCAAUGGCUUCAACUUUACCGAUGGGGUCGGCAAGAUCUCGCGCUUCUAUGCUGAGACAAUCGCAAAGGAGCUUGGAGUUCGAGGAACACCUCCCUCUGUCUAUCAAUUCCGAAUGGCUGGCUGUAAAGGGGUAUUAGCUAUCGCUCCUGAACUUGGCGCAACUAAUGUCAAGAUCCGCAAGAGCCAGUUCAAGUUCGAAACGACAUAUUCUGGCAUGGAGAUCAUACGAUGGUCCGAAUAUUGGGUGGCAACUCUCAACCGUCAACUGAUCCUUGUGCUAUCUUCUCUCGGAGUACCUGACGACAUCUUCCUCCUCAUUCAAGACAAGGAAAUCCAGCUCAUGGAGCGUGCUAUGGUUAACGAUACUGCGGCCAUGGAAGCCUUGACCGGACAUGUCGACCCCAACCGCAUGACAUUGACCAUUGCGAGUCUGGUACAAGCAGGUUUCCGUCGAACAAAUGAGCCAUUUGUCACCUCAUUGCUGGCACUAUGGCGUGCAUGGUCAAUCAAGUACCUGAAGGAGAAGGCCAAAUUGCCUGUCCGAGAAGGAGCCUGCAUUCUAGGCUGCACUGAUGAGACAGGCACGUUGAGAGGUCAUUUCGAUGCCGAUCAAGUUCUCGAAGAGGAGGCACCAGAGAGCAGAAUUGCCAGGCUGCCCGAAGUUUUUGUUCAGAUCACCUCUCCCGAUUCUGGAUAUCGUAGGGUCAUCGAAGGACUUUGCGUUAUUGCUCGAAAUCCAUCGCUUCAUCCCGGAGAUAUGCGAGUUGUCAAGGCCAUCGACGUUCCUGCCUUGCACCACUUGGUCGAUGUUCUAGUACUGCCUCAAACAGGGGAUCGAGACAUCUCGAGUAUGUGCUCCGGUGGCGAUCUUGAUGGAGACGAUUAUGUGGUCAUCUGGGACGAAAGGUUGUUGCCAAAAAUAUGGAAUGCUGAGCCAAUGGAUUAUACUCCCCCGCCUCCUACGCCGUUAGGGCGAGAUGUUACUCAGACCGAUAUCACCAAGUUCUUUGUGAAGUACAUGAAGAAUGACUUCCUGCCGAAGAUCGCGCUUUCACAUCUUGCUUGGGCAGAUUUCCUGGACGAAGGUAUCAGAGAUGGAAAAUGUCUUGAGCUCGCUCGACUCCACUCGAAAGCUGUCGAUUACCCGAAAAGUGGACAACCUGCACAGAUGCCAAAAGCAUUGAAUGCGAAACGAUGGCCGCACUUCAUGGAGAAGAAAGGUCGUAAUACAUACAAAUCUCAUAAAAUUUUAGGACAGCUGUAUGAUGCGGUUGACCGGGUGGCUUUUCUACCAAAUUAUGAUGCGCCAUUCGACGUGCGCAUUCUUGAUGCCUCUGAGCCCUCUGACGACAUAAUGCAAGACGCCCGUGAACUGAAGCAUGAAUAUGACACUAGCCUUCAACGCAUUAUGGCUCAACAUGAUAUUAAGACUGAAUUUGAGGUGUGGUCUACGUUUGUCCUCGACCAUAGCAAAGCUUCAAAAGACUACAAAUUCCACGAAGAGAUCGGACAGCUAUCCAAUAGCUUGAAAGAGCAGUACUACAACGCAGUAAUCGACAAAGCCGGAGGAAAGAGCUGGAGCAACCUCGUUCCGUGGGCAGUGGCAAUGUAUCGGGUUACGAAGGAGGAGCUCGAAGCUGCGAGAUUGCAGGGUAAAGGCGCGACCAUGCCUUUCAUCAGCUUCCCGUGGCUACUCCGCAGCACAUUAACUGAGAUCGCCAAGGGCGUGGACAGCUUGGCCACCAAGAAGCAGGAUUGUGGUGGUAGAGAUCUCUUGGACAAUAUUCGAGAGCCAACCUUUAAUUCGGAGACACAAAUGUACGAUGAUCCGUACCAGCCCGGGGCAAACGAAUCUGAAGAGCUAGUUCUGAGUGACCCUUUGAAAGAAGAAUCCUUGGUGGCAAAAGAGCAAGCUCCUUCAAAUGACCUUUUCGUUACAGAUUCAAAUCAGGACAGCGACAUUGCGAGUACUGCGCAAACCGAUGCUCAUCACAUUGACAACGAGGGGUUUCCGCCUGGAUCUUAUGUUCCAGGUCUAGGAAUACCUCCGCAGCCGACCUCUGAACAAUUCCACUGGAUCGAGGAGAUCAUCAACCGCCCCAGAUCGUCGGACGUGUCCCCGAAGAGUAUACUGAACUCUUUCUCCGCUUGUGGUAAACCAGCCAGUAGAGACGACGCAGUUGGAAAGCAUGAGGAGAAAUUCGCCCAUCAUAGUCGAACGGAUCCACCUCUAUCCCUAAUUCAACACAACUCCAUGAUGCCACCCUCACUACGUGUUUCCGAUGCAAGCAGCCCCCUUAACACGCAAGAAUCGGUGAACGAGUCUACUCCUGUCAGGGAGCUUUCCAAAAUCUUCAAAGGAAUAAAAAAGAUGGUCAAAUCAAAUCAGCAGAAUUCCAGUAGCGAGACUGAUGCACGCGUCAAUAUCGAGCCAAACGAUGGAAAGGAAAACCGAGAUCGCUCUGCAAGCUUCUCGAUCUCUUCCUCCACAUCCGACGAUCUUGCAGGCCUGCAGGUACAGCCUGGGCCGCCAGUAGCAUCUGACCUUGAUCAGUCCGAAGAAUAUGUGAGUAAGGACCGAAGCUACGGCUCGGGUUUAGAUGUUCGUAAUGGAGACCGCAAACAGCCGAGCUCUUCGAUCGAGGGGACGGUGCUGCGACCAGGUACAAUCUCUGAGGAGAGGAAGCAUCCGGCCCAGUUCACUUGGAGCGGACUGCUUGGUAAGGGCUCCCUUGACAGGAAGAGGGGUGAAGGCGACGGUUCCCAGGAGAAGUGCCGUGUAAGUCCAGGCGAAAAUAAGAGAUUGGUUGAUAACUUGUUUACUAAGAGGAAGAAUCAAGUGGGUGACCACCCGCAAGAUGUUCUUGGGAGCAGCAACAGUCUAAUCGAGGAGGACGCCGAAGCACACGGAAUGGAAACAAUUGUUCAGGAGAUGGUCUUCGCAGAUCCUUCAGCAACUGGCGGGGGCAAGCGACACACUGCGGCAAAGUUUGGCCUACGAGCCACCGAUGCCGGGAAUCGCAGUCUGCUCGAUGAUGAUGAUUCCAACGAUGCAGUCGGAGGAGAGAGUACGAGGGACGAAGCAGUUUUCAUGAAUCCGCUCGCGAGCAGUGGUGGCGAUCCUGGUAUGAGUGGAACGCCAUACCAUGGAGAUAAGCGUGCUAGCAGCUAUAGUCUAUUAGAUGAUGGCUUGCACAGGGCACAAGACGAAGAUGAUGAUGAUGAUGAUGACGACGAAACUAUUCUUAUGGAUCCACUCGCAAGCGGCGGCAGUGAGAACGACGCAGAUCGCCUGCUCAAGCUUGGUGGUCUAUGA